AUGAGUUCUACCGGCUGGGAGCUGAUAUCAGAUGAAUUCAGGCUGGACAUAAAGCACAGGAUCCGUCCCCAGCUGUCAAAGGAGAAGAUUGAGGGAUGCCACAUCUGCACUUCAGUGACGCCUGGGGAGCCCCAGGUGCUGCUGGGAAAGGACAAGGCGUUCACCUAUGACUUUGUGUUCGACCUGGACACGUGGCAGGAGCGGAUCUACACCACCUGCGUCAGCAAACUCAUCGAGGGCUGCUUCGAAGGCUACAAUGCCACUGUGCUGGCGUAUGGCCAGACCGGCGCUGGGAAGACGUACACCAUGGGCACCGGCUUUGACACAAACAUCUCGGAGGAGGAGCACGGAAUCAUCCCGCGGGCCAUCUCCCACCUCUUCAGCGGCAUUGAGCGGCGCAAGCGGGCAGCGCAGGAGCGUGGCACAGCCGUGCCAGAGUUCAAAGUCAGCGCCCAGUUCCUGGAG